AUGACUCAAGCCGUUCCCCGAGUCGAGGCCAGUAAUGAGCAUGAAUCACCAGACAAAAAUGCCGUAGAGCAUGAUUCACCCUCCGAACGGAACCGAAAAAGGGUCAGGCUCUGUUUGCCACAUGAGGAGCGCAUGAAACAAGAGCACCAGAUUGAGCAGAUGAUUAUGCAUAGAUUGGAGGCAGACAAACUCCAAUUUCCUGAUCGUUGGGACUUAACCCACGAGCUUUUCUGCGAACGGGAUUCGGAGCGCAGCGAGUUUUACGACAGGGCAAGAUGGGAGGCCGAAAUCGAGCUGUGUGGGCAUCUGGGAAUUCCUAAUCUUAAGGUUCAGAUAUUCAGUGCUGAGGAAGAGCCAUUGGAGGAUCCCAGGCUCAGUGAAAACGAGCGCACCACUUUGGAUUAUGAGCUGGAAGCACAGCUCGGAACUGAGCAACAGGAUAUCAUUGAUGGCACAAUUGAUAACCCGCUGGCGAUAUACAUUUCGGAUGAUGAAAUGGAAUCGGGGUUGCAGAUAGAGCCAGACGUGGCAAGUGGCCCAGGUCUACGAAGUAGUAUCCGGAUUGCUAGCGGGUUAGUGGGGGAAACCAUAUAG